UUCGACUAAACUGCAUUUUCUUUCUUUCUCUCUCUUUUCUCAUUUCAGAAACUUAUGUCAUAGAGCCGUUUCUAUUGAAACAGCGAAAUUUUUCUAUAGGAGUAGCCAUACGGCGCAACGAAACCAAUAUGUACUUAUGUUUCGACAAAAACUGGAAAAUCAGAGGCAUGAAAAUCAAAAACAAUACAAUUGCGAAUCGUCCACGUUGCCACUUCUCCGAAUCCCUCAAGCGAGGAUACUUUCGUUACCAGUCGGUUAUCAGUCAGACAAAGUACCUCGGUUUUGUCGGCAGCGGUAAGCCCAUCAACUACAAGCAGAAGCGUCACAUAGACGAAAAGUGCUACAACUUUCAACGCUCCAACGCGUCCGACUUCUUCGAGUCCAACGGCAGCAGUAGCACCAACAGCAGUAGUAGUAGUAAUAAGAGCACCGGUUCGACGAAGGCUCCCCAUCCGCACCGACAUAAGCACGGCAUGGGUGACCAGAAAAGGGCACGUGGUGGCAAGUUCAACCUACAUCGAUCACAGAAUCUCGCCGAUCAGGGAGCUUCAGCACCUUCGCAGCUACCUCCUUCUUCUAUGGGCAACAGUGGGCGCCUAGCGCGGCCGUUCCUGCUUCCUUCGGUGCCAUCCCAUAGGGAAGUGGCAACCGCCGUCGCCACCUCCACGCCGCCAAUGAGCAAUGAUGUGCACACCACAACCCAAAAGCCAACCAAAGUCGCCAGCACAAAGAAGCAAGUGAAGCCUUCGAAGCGACACGGAAAAACUAACAAACAGAAGCUUAUCUUGAAUGGGAGUAGCAAUACAAGCAGUAGCGGCGGCGGCAGCAGCAGUAGUAGCAUCAAUAGCAGCACCAGCAGACACCACCAUCGUCAUCAGCACGAUAAUAGGAACAGCAAGCUAGGCUUCGGAAGGACAACGCCUACUGCGUCCAGUUUUUAACGGCUGGCAUAGACGACUUUGUGCAAAAGACAUCACCUCCCCUCUCUCACUCUCUCUAUCGUGAAAUUGGAAGCUAUUGGAAGUGCACCGCCAACUAGAUCGCUCGUAGCGAGGCAUCGAUCUUCGCGGGUUGUCGCACAUUCCGCUGCUUCCGUCUCCGCGUUUAUCUCUCUCUGUCAUCUCAAUUAGCCGUGUGUGUCCGUGACAGAUUGCUUGAGAUGGAUUACUUUUUGUAUUAGAAUGUUACAAAACCGGGAAAGCUUUAUUAGAUUUAAAUUAAAACUAAGCAUCAAUGCAUCCUAGAGGUUUAUUAAACAAUUAUAUCAAAACACAAUUGCCAAACAUUUUUCUUUAAUGUUGCCGCGCUAAUUGUCUCAAAAGUAUUAAUUGUGAAAUGACUGACAACACACAUAAACAGAUAGACACACAAAACCCGCAGUUAAAAGGGCGCACUUGCAGGCGCGCUUAGGUAUAAAUGGCAGCAAUAUGUGUUUGUAUUUGCGAGCGCGCGCGCAUUGCAGAAAUUGGGCGAAGCUGCACCGCCGCGUAGAUCACGAGCAUGGAUUAGGAAUCGCUGAGCUUUUAGAUGCCUUAAUCGGUGUAUAUUUGUACAACACAUGUAGUGACAGGAUAGGAAAACGAAUGCAUUAUGGGAAUCAGGUCAAAGGGAUUUUUGAACGGACAACUACAACGCCUGUAUCGUGGCACCUAUUAUUCUGAUGUAACAACCUUAAAUGUCUUUAGCCCUAAGAUGGGCCCCAAUCGAGUCUUAAUAAUUCUUAACAUUCAGUUUCUUCAAAUAAGUUUAUAGAUGAUCAAUUCGUAACCACAUUUAUUGCAAUGUUUGAACAACUUCAGAUGUAGGUAGUUGUUCUCCUGCACUGAUUUUUCAUUUUACGCGAACGCAGCACUCACACAUCCGAUCGUAGGCUCUGUCUAACAGUACUGCUUUUACUGCAAUUCUGCAAAGGGUCGUCCUCUACCCAAAUGCCCCGCCCGUUGUAACUCCUCAAUUGCCGCAGCGUGGACGAUAGUUGGUUCUCUUAGCAGCUGAUGCGGCUUAUGAUACUUUCGUCUCCUCCACGUUCAAUUUUCCUUUCGCACUCCACCGUAGAUGGUACGCAACACCUUCAGUUUUGAAAACAGCUAGGGCGCGUCCACCCUCGGCACGCAUAGUACCUGGCUCGUGUCUGGUCUGAUCAGCGUUUUGUAAACGAUCAACUUCGUGUGACGACGAACUUUGUUCGGUCCUAGAGUUCUACGGAGUCUUAAUCUUGGUACCCUGCCACAAUGCGUUUUCUGCAUUGUGCUGCGGUACUGCUAUUUCUGUUUCCGCGCCGCUUACGAUACUUGCAUGUCACCAUUAACAUGCCGUCUCCAUCCCUCGAUCACGUCACGCUUUUUCGAGGGAAGAUUCCUGUUGUUGUUUCUACACGUGUCGGCAUGUACAACAAAACCUUUGUGCGAGUAUUUUGGCUGCCCGUAGAGCUUCCGUUGUGACCGUACUGUGGUACAACUGCUGGCGCUUCUUCCUCCGGACUGAAGGCUGAGCUCUGCCUGUUCCGCGCCUGUUUAUGCACGCUUCACUGCAUCUCUCUUCUACCUGCACUAAUCGAGAACAGGACAAUCAAAACGUCCAUGUCGUUGACUCAGAUUAAAAGCUGCGCUGAGAAACGUUUGUUGAGGGAGAACAUUAUCUACAGCAGAACACUAUUCUGCCCUAUUACACUUUUCAUCUCUAAUGCAGUUGAAAAUCGUCUAGCGCAGCUUAUUUUAUUGAUUCCGCUAACAGUACAUUGCAGAUAGGUGUCGAAUUGUUCAUCAAUAUUUUAAAACUUCUUAUCCCAGCAUUACCCCAGCCUAUUUUGUGUACAAAUAUUGCGUUCUGGUCUUUUAUUGUAAAUAUUGUACUGAUUGGUAUAGUCAAAAUGAAUUCUUGUUUUAUCAAUCAUCACCGUGCCAUUUACCAACAGCAAACGAGACUUAUUUAGUCAAUUUUCCAAAACCAAUUCUAUAUUGCAUAAAUUUCUCGUAAAACCCAGAAAGCAGCUAAAUACCGAUAACUUCAACAAUAAUCCUUGUUAAUGAAAACUUGCACAAAAAAUGUGACUUAAUAAUGAACGUUAGUAUGUGUAUUUAUGCGAACAUGAUUAGAGCGCAAAUCAACAAAACGCUAUUUACAAUUAUGGUAACACACACACACACAAAGAAAGUCGUAAACUCAAUAGACUCAAUUUUCACAAAGAAUACAAAAAUUAAUACGCAAAUCCACUGCUUAAAGUCGAACCGCAAAAAAUACUGAACAUACCCAAAUCUCAAAUAAAAUAUGAAUCUCACUAAAAGCUCCAGUGAAACAUCGUAAUCCUGGAAACAUAAUUUAUUAAACGCCCCAUAUAAAAUUAUAGCAGCCAUAAGCAUUUGGAAGAACCGUAUAGCUACUUGAUUGUCUGGAAAAAGAAAGUCUAGUAAACCAAUUAAGUAUAUCCUAUUCUAAACGAAUCGCAAAAUUUGUAUGUUCUGAAGCAUGUGUUGUUAUAUCCCCCGUAUUGAAAGUCGACGCAACUGUAAAAGUAUUAAAUUAGUUUUAAAAACCAGUACCCAAAAUCGGAUAGCCCGUUUCACCUUAAAAUGGCCACCACCCAAUCACUGAGAAAAAACAGCACAAAGUUUAGGAAGAUAACCGACAAUAGUGAAUGUUGUUUACGUUAAACAUUAAACUGCCAAAAGUAGAAAAGAAAAAUACACACAAAAUCACAAUACUCUCCGUUAGGAUGUACCCACUUUUAAUCAAUGUUUGGAAAGCGUGGGGAAAGACGUUCGAAGGUGUAAAAUAGUGUUCGUACUGUACAAUCCGGAUGAGAAAAUGUGGUUUAACGGAAACAGUCGGGAAACACAACUGUUGCAAAAAGGUUGCUGAAACUCUUAUACAACCAAAUCCGGUUAUGUAUAAGUAACAGCGGUUAUCACUGUUAUAAUUGCGUUACCAAGGUUUUUACCACAAUCACGAUUGCUCAGAGGUCGAACAUUGUUUUGGAACCUUCCCCAUCUUUGACAUCAUCCCAAGAAAGACACCACCGGUAACACCAGAAUCGUUAGACGUUUUUCUCCAUCAUGUUUGUUCAUGAACUGUUCAAACUUUUAUCCAACAACUAUUCUAAAUUUAAUCGAUUCAAGCCAGCAGAAGCACUACACUGCAUAUAUUGUUUCAACACAUUCCGCUAGACGUAACGAAAUAAGUCAUUUGUUUAAGGUUUUGUAAAGUUACUCAGUUAAGCUUCCCCCAUUUGAAAACGCUGCAUCGUUGUAAAAAUUUGUUGUAAAAUCACCGAAUCAACUAUAAUCCUAGUUUUGCCAUGCCUGUACAAAAGAUUUCCGUUCAUUUAGUGUCAUCAUUUGUACCAUAGCAGCAUCUUCCCUUAUCAUUUCUUCCCAAGAAACGAAACGGUCCAAAAGCAGCAGUGGAAUAGCCAGUUUUAAUAAUUUCCAAGUUCAAGUUGUAGAAUAGUCAGUCCUUCUGACACAUUCUCUUCUACACAACUAGACUAAACAUUACUGUAAAUCUUAAGUUUCCUCGAGCGCAACCGGGCUUAUGUGUUCCUGUUAAUGGUGUAUGUAUGCUUUUCCCACUUGGCCUUUGUUCAUACAAAAGUGCGCGAAAAAGAUGGCGAUAUCGAUCGAGACAAGCACUGUGUUGUGAGGAAACGAGCUCUUAUAGAAUUUGCAUUGUUAUAAAUGUAUAUCAUUAUAUGAAGCAUUCAGUUAAGAACAAAAAUCUUCGUUUUUUUCAUUUGAUAAUUAUUACGGUUGAUAUCGAUUUUAGUAAGUAAGAUCAUGAUAAAUACGAAAGGUAGUAUUUGAACAAAAUGACAAAACAUUAUACUUUUUUUUAAUAAAAUGUAUCAAAAUAAACUGAUUAAAGAUUUAAUUUUAAUUUAUGAGUACACUUGAAAAUAACAAGAUUAUUUAACAAUAAAUUAUAAUAUGAACGACAAUAACUCAAAACA